CCCCUUCCCGGCGCUCUGUCUGUGCCGCAACAAUUGCGUCUUCUUUGCGCAUUGCCUCGAUAGGCGGCCCUUGAACAGAUCAACACGCUUCAUGAGGUAGCCCAUUUUUUUUUCUGCUUCGGAUGGCCUGAUGGCGUCGGAACACGAGUCAGAGCAGCAUCCACAACAGUCGGUGCAACGAGCACACCCGCCAGAGCCCUCCCCCAACGGCGGCGGCAGCGGCAGCGGCAGCGCCGCCCGCGAUGGUGACGAGGAACCUGCAAAGCAGACACCGCCGGAGCAGACACCGCCGGAAGAUGGCAUAGCACAACCUGUCGCCAGCACGUCCCACGAGCGCGGAUGCGGACCCGAUCCCGAUCCCGACCCCGAAUCCAACCGGGCACCGCUGUUCCCGGAAGACGGCGACGGCGGCAAUGACGCCGCUUCCGAUGUCUCGAUCCCCUCCGACGACGCCGCCUCGCACGAAGUGGUCUCGCCGAGCGCCUCCAUCCCCCCGUACUGGACGAACCCACGCCUUCUCGAACGACAGCAGCAGAAGCAGCAGCAGCAAAACGGGCAGCAACCCCGCCCACACACCGCCACCGCAUCAUCAUCAUCAUCAUCAUCCUCCUCCGGCCGCCUCCUCGGGCAGCACGGCCACGCGCGCACCGUCUCGAGCGCCUCCGCCGAGUCGGUCCUCCCCCCGGGCGCCAUCACGUUGCAGGACAACGAGCGAGAAGAAGAGGGGGGAGGAGAAGGGGUCAACGGCAGCGGCGGCGCGGUGGGAAACGGGCGCGCGUCGGUGGGGCCGGCGGGGGCGGUGGCAGGAGGAGGUCGGCGCAGCAACGGCGGCGACCGGCACGGGCGCGAGCGCAACCGGGCUUGCUGGGCGCGCAGCGUGCAGGUGACCGACUACGUGCUCGUCAACGGGAGCACGACCAACAUCGGAGCGUUCGUGGUGUGGAUUAUCAAGGUGGAGACCUUAAACGGCUCCCGCAUGAACAUCCGCAAGCGCUACUCCGAGUUCGACGACCUCCGUCGGCGGCUGGUCCAGACCUUCCCCGGCUUCGAGGCGGCCGUGCCGGCCCUGCCGCCCAAGAGCGUGCUCAAGCGCUUCCACCCGCGCUUCCUCGAGAAGAGGCGGGCCGGGCUGCAGUACUUCUUGAACUGCAUCCUGUUGAACCCAGAAUUCUCGGGCUCGCCGGUCCUAAAGGAUUUCCUCUUCUCAUGACCAUGCGGCGCAUGGCCCUCGCGCCGCAUGCCUCGCCUUUCCUAUACUCGCUCUUGUAACGAAGACACGACGUUUGGAGUAAUGAUAAUCUUGGAUCAUGACCACUCAUUCAUCUUCUCCGAAAAUAUUAAGUGACGAACUGUCCUUGUGCAGUCCUCCCCACGUGUAAAAGUAGCGGCCUUUUGAAGUAAGAAGCCUCUUGAUCAAGCCUC